AUAAGGUUAAUUAUAUUCCAACUCUUCUUCUAGUCUGGGGUUAAAUCAUGGCGAAACUCACCAGGAGCUCUAACCCUUCUCCAUAUAACAUUGAAAUUUACAGGAAAACUAGGAUUAUGGUUUCCCUGUUCAUCAUCUUCUUUGUUGUUACCUCAAAACCGACUAAUAUUGCGGCUUGUAGGCCCGCAGAAGGCCAUCAAAACCCUAGAGUGGUUGAUCACAGUGAUCAAGCACACUCUGUCUCAGCUGCUAGAACUCCCUCUCCGCCUUCAAGUCAUUCGUCCUGCACUUACAUACCCGGUGACAAAAGUGGAAACUGUCCGGCUGAUCCAUAGCUGAAUUUGCACAUAAUUCAGUGCAAUUACCACCAGUGCAGUGGGGAUAUCCAUAUGGUAUUUACUAGUUCUGUAAUUAAUUAGUAUGUGCAUGUGCAUGUGUAUAUAUGUCUGUGAUCACAUGAUCAUCAAGAAUAAGCUGAGAUGUGUAAAUUUCAUUUUCAUGUUAUAUGCCUAAUAAUAUUGUGUAAGUUCAUGUGUGUUUGCAGUAAAUUAAUAAGAACUUCUCUGUAUCUCUUCCCUGCUUUACUUCUUUGUAUAAAUUAGUUUUUUUUUU